AUGUCAUUUGGUGGAUUUAAAUCAUCAUUUUCAAAGUUUGUUGAUGAUACAAAAAGCGAAAUUUCAGGAAAUAAAAAAAAGGAUGAUUCUAAAUUAGUUUCAUCUGGUCCACCACCAAAACCACCUCAAACAGUUAAUAAACAACAACAACCAACAACAACUUAUCAACAACAACCACAAUACCAACAACAACAACAACAACAACAACAACCAAUCAAUUUAAACAAGUCACAUGAAGCACCAACAACUACUACAACAACAAGUUACCAAACACAACCAGCAGUAAGUUUAAUAAAAUCACAUGAAACAAGUCCAUCUAUGUCUUUAGAAAAACAACCAUCACAACCACCACAACCAAUUAAAAAGUUUGCUCCACCAGUUCCAACAACAAAUCAACCAGUAGUACCACCACAACGUCCUGCACCACCACCAAAACCAUUAUCAUCACAACCACCACAAUAUCAGCAACCACAAUACCAACAGCCACAAUAUCAACAUCAACAUCAAGAUGGUGCAUCAAUUAUUUCAUUAGAAAAGAAAACAGAUAAAGAUGAAAAUAAAACAGGAAUUCCAGUUGAUGUCAAAAAACAUACAGAUUUAGCAAAAACCAAUGCAAAUAUUGCACUUCAUGCAAUUGGUGCACCAAUCGAUGGUGGAGUUAUUAAAGCAAAUAUACCACCACUUUAUUUAAUUGAUCCAAUGUAUUUAGCAAAUAUUCAAUAUACCAAUAUUAUUUUGGAAAUAAAAGAAGCAACAAUUAAACCAGUUGAACUUGGUCAAAAGAAAGAUGCAAUUUAUAAAAAAGUUAAUUUAAUUAUUUAUAGAACAGUAAUUGAAGAUGUAAUUAUUAUUCAAAUUGGUGAUAUAUUUAUUUAUACAAAUUUAAGAGAGAAACCAUCAUUUCGUGCAUAUGGAUAUCAUUAUAUAAUUGCAGAUAAUUAUAAUAAUUAUUUUAUGAUUAAAGUUGAUAAGGAUAGUACAACAGAGGAACAAUUGAAUCAAUUGGAAGUUAUUUUAACAUAUUAUACAACUUACUAUAGAGUACCAUUGAAACAAGAGUAUGAAGAUAAAACUGCAAAGAAAUUAGAUGGUGCAUCAGAUAAAGUUGAAUCAACAUCACAAUCAAUUUCCAAAGGUUUAAUUAGUGGUGGUACUUAUUUUGCCAAGGGUGCCGGUAAAGUUGGUGAGGUUUAUAAGAAUAAUACAAAGAAGUAUGAUGGUCCAGAGAUGACAGAGGAUCAAAAAAGACAAUUGGAGGAUCCAAAUUCUGAUUUAAAUAAAACUGGUAAAACAACUGAUAAAAUGGCACAAGGUACGUCUAGUGUGGUUCAAGGCAUUUCCAAAGGGUUUGGCUUCGUCGGUAGUAAGGCAGCUCAAGGUGUUCAUAGCACUUCGUGGUAUAAGGAAAGAGAGGCAAAGAAAAAGGAAGAAGAAAGGGUCAAUGGAAAAGACGAGAAAAAGGAAGCAGGCUCCCAGAUGGCCGGCUCGGGCAUUGGCGCAAUCACUACUGUGUUUGGAGGUUUGCAAGAGGGUAUACUCAUUUCAUCACGUGGUGUUAGGGAUGCCUCUGUCGAUGCCACUCGUCAUACUAGUGGUGAUUUCGCAGCGGAAAAGUCAAAGAAAAAAUGGGACUCGGCGGGUAAUUUAACAGUUUCCGUGGUCAAUAUCGUUUCGAUUUUGGGUGCAACUUGGAUUAAAGCUGCAAUCUACACUGCUGCAGGUGCAAUCACUUAUGAUCCUGAUAUGGUGAAUGCAUUGGGUGGCAGUUAUUGGAAGGCCGGUUGGCUAACAAUGAGAACCGAUCUAUUGGCUGGCUCAAAUUGGAAACCAAGAUGGGUGGUUUUACGUAAUGCUACCAUUGCUAUCUACACUUGCCCAACCGAUCCAGCAAGUAAACCAUUGGAAUCAUUUUAUUUGUCAACUGUUCGUGGUGUGACUAAAAUCUCUAAAGAGAGAAGUGGUGGUCGUCCAUAUUGUUUCGAUAUCGUAACUCAAGGUGGUUCUUUUGCUUUCUCUGCCCAUAUUCCUGAAAUUGAUUUCUCUGAUGAAUCUUUUACUCCAAAUCCAGAAGAUGAAGUUUUCCAAUGGUCAAAUUCAAUUUUAUCAGUUUCUGCUUUUGUUGGUGAUUUAAAAGAAAAGUAA